CUUACCUUAGAUUCUUCUUCCUCUCUUACUUACUUCACGUAACUGACAUAGCUGGGACAGCUAAUGUAAGGAACGUGGGCAUUAAAUUGGUGGACCAGGAUGUUUUUCGGGUGUUUUCGUUUUAGACCCAUCAAGAAGUCGGAGCACCCCUAUCAACUCCUGGAUCGACGACCCGUUCAAGAAGGAACACUUACGAGAUUCAUCCUAUCGUUCCAGUCCCACUUUAACUUGAUCUUGAACUUGAACUCUGGUACAACCAAACGGCAAAAUCGCUAUCUCUAAAGUACCCUGUUAGGUCUGCGGCCACCGGACAGCUACGAACACACCCGCCGCUCGACACGUCAUCCAUGCUUCACCCGUUGCCUGUCAUAUGGUUUUUGUGUGCCAUCCAAGUCUCUACAGGACUAUAUUUUCAUUUAAAUGAUGAAACUCCGCUUUGCUUUAUCGAAGACGUUCCGGACGACACGCGUGUCCAAGGUGUGUAUCGAUUGGAGUACCUACCAUUCGCUACCCCGUUUUUCAUUCCGUCUGACAUCCCCAUGCACAUUGAGGUUCGGGGGCCUGAUUCUGAAAUAAUGCUAUCUAGGGCCUACACCGGUUCCGGUCGGUUCCUUUUCAAUUCUCACAAAGGCGGUGAAUAUCGAAUCUGUGUGUCCUCCAACCCUUCAUCUUGGUUAGGGAGCAAUCAUUUGCGUGUACACCUGGAUCUUUGGACCGCAGACCAUACGAUUAACUAUGGCGAAGUCGCCUCGCACGAUCGAUUGAAUGAUCUACAGCUACGUGUGCGACAGCUAUCGGACCAGUUGGAAUCCAUUUCCAAAGAUCAAAACUAUCAACGAGUUCGUGAGGAAUACUUCAGGCAGCUAAGUGAGAGUACCAGUCAACGCGUCACUUUUUGGAGCAUUGCACAAUUGCUGCUGUUGGCCGCUGUUGGAUUUUGGCAAAUGCGACAUCUGCGUGCUUUCUUCCAAGCGAAAAAACUCGUGUAAACCAUUCGCCGCCGUUUUACCUCCUGUGAUACGGUCGUCAACCCUUCCAACCACCCUCUCUUCUGUGUCUCGCAACAUGCAGCGAAUGUUUUCGUUUGGAUCGUUAUUCUCUAACACUCUACAUUGCAUCAACCGGUGUGCUUAGUUACGUGUUACUGCAAAGCCAUCCUUUCGUCUUAUACUCUGAUUUUUGUAUGCAAUCGCAUUCAUUCCUCAAUCCGAAAUCCAAUGCUGUAUGCUGUGCUUCACACGAAUACAUUUCUCGUCACUCCUCUCUUACUUAUCGUUGCUAGUCUGAACUUCUGAGCACUAGUCAAUGGCCAGUUUUCUCAUCCUCAUCGUGGGUAAAGAUCACUUCGGUGUGAUCAUCAUCCUCUGCACACCUCAACGCGGAACUGUACUAUUCGAUUUCAAGAGCGCAUUCGACUCUUCGGCAUUCCUGCUCGGGAAAGUGUUCCCAUCAAAUAUCUGAGACUUACACACACGUUUUGCUCUGUAUACUGUGCUAUGGGAGCAAGUGGAAAUCAAUACGGCUUCAUCGGAAUUAAUCGAAAUGUUAUAAAAAGUAUCUGCCACAUGUUGCUACUUCGAGCGUUCC